AGUAGGAAGUAGCCAAUGUAUACACCUUUUCGUGUUUUUAAUAGCUCUCUAACUAGCAAUGAUUUAUACGUGACUAGGGUUCUCUCGUAUGUUUUUGAAAUGAUCAGUCGUCGUGUGAACUAAGAAAGCGCUCAACAUAUGGUCCGUGGAUAACGUAUGACAAGUUGUAUCACAGGUCAGUUGACAAGGUUCUCUCCAUGAGUCACAUUCGGAACCCCCCGCCCAGGGGACAGGGGGCAGCGCGAGCCAAACAGAUGGGGCUGCUCCUGGAUCUGUCUCCGGAUGGAGGAGGAAAUGAAAAAGAGCUGGAGGCGGAGCUACUGGCACUGAUGGGCGGGUCCCAGGGGAAGAAAGGGACAGGAAAAGCUCCAGUUCCCAUGGCUGAUAUCGAGCGUAUGGCGGCUCUGUGUAUGAAGGACCUUGAUGAGGAUGAUGAUGAUGGGGAUGAUGAUCUGGAGGAUGAUGAUGAUCUCCUGGCUGAGCUGAAUGAGGUUUUGGAGGACGAUGAUGAUGAAGAGGUUCAGAAACCUGCCACCACUCCAAGCUCUAACUCCACCCCCCGCUCCACCCCCAGUACUCCUAGUGGUGCAACCGGGCUGGAGGCCUGCCUGGCUGAACGCAUUGACAUGUACCAGACAGCCAUCUCCAAUGCUAAUGCAGAGGGGGAGACCAGCAAGGCUCGCAGAUACGACCGCGGAUUGAAGACGUUGCAGUCCAUGAUGACGUCAGCCAAGAAAGGAAAACCGAUCAACGAAGAGGAAAUCCCGCCUCCUGUCUCCACAGGUGGAAAGCCUGCCCCAGCCCCCGUGCAGCAACCUAAACCAAUCAAAGAGCGGGGGCUGCCAACCCCAGUGCUGACACCCUCCCCGUUCACCAAUCAGAAGCCACUGAGGGAGGCUACGCCUGUUGUCCCUCCUCCUAAGCCCCGCCUCCUGGUCCCCCCUCAGAAACACACUGCCGUUACCCCGGAUACACCUGCUAUCUCCCCCCUCACCCCCAUUCAACCAGACGCACGGCACUCAGAGUUGAAGCAGUGUGUUCUAAACAGACAGAGGGAGUAUAAGCUGGCAGCCCUCCACGCCAAGCAGGGAGGAGAGUCAGAACUGGCCAGACAACACUACCACAUCGCCAAGAAACUAGACCCAGUAGUAGAGGCGUUGGACAGAGGGGAACCAGUGGACCUCAGCUCUCUACCUCCCCCUCCAGGAGAUGCAGUGGUAGAGCGUUCAGCUCCUCCCCAGUCUUCCUCCAGGCCCUCCCCUGCAGCUCCCCCUGCAGCUCCCCCGGUGGUCGACUCCGCCCUCCCAGCCCCAGGCAGUGUAGGGGAAGCGUUACAACAGAGGAUGGACAGAUACAAAGCUGCAGCAGAGGGGGCCAAGAGCAAAGGAGACGACCGCAAGGCACGCAUGCACCAGCGCAUCGUCAAGCAAUACCAGGAUGCCAUCAGGUCUCAUAAGGCUGGACGACCAGUCAACCUGGCUGAUCUCCCUGUACCACCAGGCUGUCCUCCGCUGCAGGGCUCAGAGAGCAGCCAGCAGAACUUCAUGGGCGUCCUGGAGACGGCCAUGAAACUAGCCAAUCAGGACGUAGACGCGGAGGACGAGGACGGAACAGGGGAAUUGGCCAAGCCUGCAGUGGGAGCUCCAGUCCAGAAAGGCAAAGCCCCGACCCCUCCCACACCAGGAUCUGGAGGCAACACAACACAGGGCUCCAGACUGGGGCUUAAAGCCCAGCAGCAGUUGGACUUCCUGUUGCUGCGGCGACAGGCGUUCGUCCGCGCGGCGCUGCGUUCUAAACAGAUGAAGGACAUGCAGGGAGCGGCGGUCCAUCUCCGACACGCUAAAGGACUGGACCAGAUGAUCAGCGCCACCAAGGGAGGCCUGCCUGUAGACAUCACCAAGGUCCCCAGUGCUCCAGUCAGUGAGGAGGACUACUCUCUGGCUCGGUCUCGUUCCUCUCCUCGCUCCUCAGAGCAAUACAACAGCCUCAUGGAGCUCCUCCGACAGCAGCACCAGAAAUGUCUGGCUUACUCCCAGCAGUUCACUCACAUGGGAAGUGUGGCCGAGACCUCCAGGUUUGAGAAGCUGGCAGAGGAGUGUAUGCAGAACAUUGAGGUGCUGAAGAUGGCCCACGCCAAGGGCCAACCUGUCCCCAAAUACCACACUGAGGAGAGGACCUUCAACACUGUCAAAAUGUAUCCUGACCUGACAGCCAAUGAGAUGACGCUGUACAUCGUGAAGGGCAUCAAUCUACCUGCUCCCUCAGGAGUCUCUGCCAGUGAUCUGGACACCAGUGUGCGCUUUGAGUUUCCUUUUCCUAGUAUGGAGGAGGCCCAGAGGGAUAAGACCAGUACAGUGAAGAACAGCAACAGUCCAGAGUUUAAAGAGAAGUUUAACCUGAACAUCAACCGUCAACACAGAGGCUUCAAGAGGGUCGUCCAGGCCAAAGGCAUCAAGUUUGACAUCAUCCACAAGGGGGGUCUGUUCAAGGGGGACAAAGUGUUGGGGAACGCUCAGCUGAAGCUGGACUCACUGGAGAACCAAUGUGACAUCAGACAGAUUAUAGAGGUGUUGGAUGGUCGUAAGGCUACGGGGGGUAAGCUGGAGGUGAGGGUGAAGAUUCGGGAGCCGCUGGGAGGAGCACAGCUUCAGAUCACCACAGAGAAAUGGCUGGUCCUCGACCCUGUACCAAUCACCACCCCCGACAGAGAGAGAGAACAACAGGACAAUGGGAGGAACAAGCAGUCUAACCAGUCCAGCCACUCUCCUCCCCAGUAUAAACUCCACAGUUUCAGUCUAAUGCACUACACAAGGGAGAGACUGGAGAGACAGAUUGGUGAUUACAGGAAGAGUAGGCGGGAUCCUCCGUCACCUGACACACACACACACACACACAGGCUGCAGUGGCAGAAAGCCCAGCUAGAGAGAGGCUCCCCUACUCUACUGUCAGAGUAUGAGAAUAUUUUGCAGCGUUUUGCCCAGGGACUUGCUGAGUCAGUGAAGAGGUUUUCCAGCCAAGGCAACAGGGAUGCUGCUAAGGGCGCUCGACGGCUGAAGAUGGUGGAGACUGAGUUGGAAUCUCUGAAGAGGAAACGCCUGGUCUAAGAAGAGGAGGACAGAGGGACUGGAGAGUUGGCUGGAGUACUGUUAUGUUACUCACACACACACAGCCAAUCACCUUCGACAUCUUCCUGCCACUCCUCUGCUCCUCUCUGCCUCCUCCACUAAUGCUCUUCCUUUUACUCUGUUCUUUACUUUUGUAUUGUCAUUCAUUCAAUCAGUUAGGAAGAAGAACCCGUUUGACUAAAACAGGCCUGCCUCCCAAAUGGCACCCUAUUCCCUAUAUAGUGCACUACUUUAGACCAGGGCCCAUAGGGACUGAUAUAGGGAAUAGGGCACCAUCGAGAUACACGGCAGAAUGGGAUCCUGUGAGAUUGAUAGUGACAUGAAGACAGAAUGCAGGGCAGGACAGAGAAUGUCUUAUUUGCACUUGAAAACAAAAACACUACCGAUUAUUACCAAAACCCUGCCGCCUUCACUAUAGUCUUUCAAGUCCUUCAAUGGCUCUCUCUCUUUCUCUCUGUUCAGAGUGGUGUGUGUAACUCCUGGUCUCCGCAUUGUGUGCGUGGGUGCGAUGUUAAUGAGCUUAAUGUAAUCUGUCUGCUCCACUAUUCCCAGAUUACUGUAAUAUGACCCGUUUGGUGCCGUGUGAUAUGGGAACGACACGGAAACGGGAACUAUAUCCCAUAAUGAGGGAUUAGCUAACACUGGUGUCGCCGUGGAGACGUCUCAUUCAGGGAAGUGAGGAGAGGAGGUACCCCAGGGGUUAAAUUGAAGAGGACAGGAUGAGAAUUGGUGUAGAACAGACCAGUAGCUGUAAAACCCACUGGAUUAUCUUUGAAUUGGGAUAGAGGUUCUCUAUUCAUUGUAAUGCUAUGGUACGGAGUCUGGGAGCCGUUUAAAAGGACCCCUCUUAUAGGACCAUAUUUAGCCUAUUGUGAUGUCAUCAAUUAGGCUUGCGUCAUGUCACUAUGACGUCAUCUGUUAGAAUGUUCAAAGGACUGCGUCAUGACCGCAUUGUGAUGUCAUCAGUUAGAAGGUGUGUUCCUCUGUUCAGACGUUGCUGACGCCAGAUCUUACAUCGCCUGGAUAGGUGUUUUACAUAUCAGCUAAACACAUCACAUGUUAAAGCAAUCUGGUGCACCGUUGAUGACGUGGCGUGCAACCAGUGGUUGAUGCAUGUGACAUCUGAGCAGAGAGACGCAACCAGAAUGUUUAACAAAGGAUCGCUUCAUCUGGUUGUGAUGUCAUCAGUUGGAAUGUUCUGCAAAGGGCUACAUCCAAUUAUGAUGUCAGAAUCCCAGAUUAAAGCAUGAUGAGUAAACUGUCACUAUGACCUGAGUCAGAACCUGAAGCACAUACAGUAUGUGACUUCAUCCGUGUCCAAGCUGGCCUGAUGUCGGCCCCAAAUCCUACAGGGAUCCUCUAAGAAUGAGAAGAAGAGGCUUCAGUGCACUUCCUGUUCCUCGUUCCGAAUGUCAUGGGCAGGAAAUGCGCGCUUUACUUACUGACUUCCAGACAGGCAGAGAGAGGGACAGGCAGACGGGCAGAGAGAGGGACAGGCAGACGGGCAGAGAGAGGGACAGGCAGACGGGCAGAGAGAGGGACAGGCAGACGGGCAGAGAGAGGGACAGGCAGACGGGCAGAGAGAGGGACAGGCAGACGGGCAGAGAGAGGGACAGGCAGACGGGCAGAGAGAGGGACAGGCAGACGGGCAGAGAGAGGGACAGACGGGCAGACAGGCAGAGAGAGGGACAGACGGGCAGACAGGCAGAGAGAGGGACAGACGGGCAGACGGGCAGAGAGAGGGACAGACGGGCAGAGAGAGGGACAGACGGGCAGAGAGAGGGACAGACGGGCAGACGGGCAGAGAGAGGGACAGGCAGACGGGAGACACAGGCAGAGCUUGUCAGAGGGGACACUGUUUAGUCAGUGUGGUUUGGCCGUGGUGGGCCGGGGACCACAGCUGCCUAUAGUGUUGAGGUCAGACCCUUUAUUCAGAUUUUGGGUAGGGAAAGGAGGUCUCAUCCUCUACCCCUCUAUAUACCCAGACACCCUGAGGUCUCCUCCUGUACCCCUCUAUAGACCCAGACACCCUGAGGUCUCCUCCUAUACCCCUCUAUAUACCCAGACACCCUGAGGUCUCCUCCUGUACCCCUCUAUAGACCCAGACACCCUGAGGUCUCCUCCUCUACCCCUCUAUAGACCCAGACACCCUGAGGUCUCCUCCUGUACCCCUCUAUAUACCCAGACACCCUGAGGUCUCCUCCUGUACCCCUCUAUAUACCCAGACACCCUGAGGUCUCAUCCUCUACCCCUCUAUAUACCCAGACACCCUGAGGUCUCCUCCUGUACCCCUCUAUAUACCCAGACACCCUGAGGUCUCCUCCUGUACCCCUCUAUAGACCCAGACACCCUGAGGUCUCAUCCUCUACCCCUCUAUAGACCCAGACACCCUGAGGUCUCCUCCUGUACCCCUCUAUAUACCCAGACACCCUGAGGUCUCCUCCUGUACCCCUCUAUAUACCCAGACACCCUGAGGUCUCCUCCUCUACCCCUCUAUAAACCCAGACACCCUGAGGUCUCCUCCUCUACCCCUCUAUAGACCCAGACACCCUGAGGUCUCCUCCUGUACCCCUCUAUAGACCCAGACACCCUGAGGUCUCCUCCUCUACCCCUCUAUAUACCCAGACACCCUGAGGUCUACCCCUCUAUAGACCCAGACACCCUGAGGUCUCCUCCUGUACCCCUCUAUAGACCCAGACACCCUGAGGUCUCCUCCUCUACCCCUCUAUAUACCCAGACACCCUGAGGUCUCAUCCUGUACCCCUCUAUAUACCCAGACACCCUGAGGUCUCCUCCUGUACCCCUCUAUAUACCCAGACACCCUGAGGUCUCCUCCUGUACCCCUCUAUAGACCCAGACACCCUGAGGUCUCCUCCUCUACCCCUCUAUAGACCCAGACACCCUGAGGUCUCCUCCUCUACCCCUCUAUAUACCCAGACACCCUGAGGUCUCCUCCUGUACCCCUCUAUAUACCCAGACACCCUGAGGUCUCCUCCUGUACCCCUCUAUAUACCCAGACACCCUGAGGUCUCCUCCUCUACCCCUCUAUAGACCCAGACACCCUGAGGUCUCCUCCUCUACCCCUCUAUAGACCCAGACACCCUGAGGUCUCCUCCUCUACAGACCCAGACACCCUGAGGUCUCCUCCUGUACCCCUCUAUAUACCCAGACACCCUGAGGUCUCCUCCUCUACCCCUCUAUAUACCCAGACACCCUGAGGUCUCCUCCUGUACCCCUCUAUAUACCCAGACACCCUGAGGUCUCCUCCUGUACCCCCUAUCGGUCUCUCUCCUCUCUCUCUCUCUCUCUCUACACUACAACAGUAAUUUAGUAGCCUACUGUAGUGGGAUCUGUCUCUGUAUCCACAGCAUCUGAGUUGGGUUCCAACCUGUCCAUAUAAUCUGAUUCAUUAUGAGCUAAAAGGCAAAACUGAUCCUACAUUAUGAAUCACUCCAUACUAGAUCUACUCUGAGAAGCUUUGAGGAUAGAGGCUGAGUCCCCCAGUCCUGGUGGCUAAACUGAUCCUAGAUCAGCACUGCUGCUCUGAGAAGCUUUGUGGAAACAGGCCCAGUCCCCCAGUCCUGGUGGCUAAACUGAUCCUAGAUCAGCACUGCCGCUCUGAGAAGCUUUGUGGAUACAGGCCCAGUCCUGGUGGCUAAACUGAUCCUAGAUCAGCACUGCUGCUCUGAGAAGCUUUGUGGAAACAGGCCCAGUCCCCCAGUCCUGGUGGCUAAACUGAUCCUAGAUCAGCACUGCUGCUCUGAGAAGCUUUGUGGAUACAGGCCCAGUCCUGGUGGCUAAACUGAUCCUAGAUCAGCACUGCCGCUCUGAGAAGCUUUGUGGAUACAGGCCCAGUCCUGGUGGCUAAACUGAUCCCAGAUCAGCACUGCUGCUCUGAGAAGCUUUGUGGAAACAGGCCCAGUCCCCCAGUCCUGGUGGCUAAACUGAUCCCAGAUCAGCACCGUUUUUUGUUUAGUUUGUUUUUUUUAUGUUGAAAACAUGUAUCCAUUGUUGGCAAUCAGUCAGAAAAGACCUGUUUAAUAUGUUAUAUAUACAGCAUUGACUAUGGCUCUAUUUUUAAAUGAAGAACGUGUGUGUGUCCAAAGGUGAUGGAGAAUGAACUAUUAACUGGCAUUAUAAUGAUGUGGUCAAAUGUCUUGGGAAUCAUGGUUGGAUUAAAUACCAGAAUGAAUUAA